GACAACACAACAUGUUUUUUCUAUAAAACUACAUAGUAAUCUAUCUUUAAAUUUACUUUCAAACUAAACUUCUCUUAAAUUAUGUCUGCUGAAAAGUACUUAACGUUUAAACUGUAAAGAUAAAUAAUUUAAUACGCCAUUAUGAUAGAAGGAUACGGUGCUGUAACUCAGGCCCUCUUAGGGACCCUCUUGACAUGGGGGCUCACAGCCGUUGGAGCCGGUUGUGUAUUUUUUAUAAGAGGGAAACAUAGAAAAUUACUUGAUGUAUCUCUUGGUUUCGCUGCGGGAGUUAUGACGGCGGCCUCCUACUGGUCUUUACUUGAUCCAGCUAUUAAAUUGUGCAAAGAAUCUGACUUGUAUGGUGAAAAUGGCAAGUUUGCAUUUUUGCCGAUUGCAGCUGGUUUUCUAUUUGGAGCUGCGUUUGUGUUCGCGACUGAUAGAUUCUUAGACUACUUAGGAAUUAGUUCAACAAAUAUGAUGAUGUCUAUUACAAAGACAAAAGAUUCAAAAGAGAAAUUGGAAGACUUGGAGAUGAUGACGGCGUUGAAUAGGCGACCGUCGACAAGCGUGGUCACAUUGGACGGCCCGCCACCGCCGGCUGAUUUUGCUGACUGCAUCACAAACCAGCAUACAGCUCAACGGCGGAGAGGGCAUCACAAUUCUCACCAUUCCUUGAAAGCUGGUGAGAAUGGCGAGGUCGACCGUCGUGACAGCGCAGCGCGGUCACUGGAGGCAAGGCAGUCACAAUGGAAGCGAAUUAUGCUUCUAGUAGUAGCCAUCACCGUCCACAAUAUACCUGAAGGUCUGGCCGUGGGCGUAUCAUUUGGUGCUGCCAAAGAACCAGCCAACUUCCACACAGCCAGAACUUUGGCGUUGGGAAUUGGCAUCCAGAACUUCCCGGAAGGACUUGCAGUCAGUUUACCUCUUCAAGCUGCCGGAUUCUCUGUUUGGAGGGCUUUCUGGUACGGCCAGUUAUCAGGCAUGGUGGAGCCUGUAUUUGGAGUGUUGGGCGCCGUAGCGGUGGCAGCAGCCCAGCCAGCACUUCCCUACGCGCUAGCCUUCGCAGCCGGCGCUAUGAUCUACGUGGUUGCCGAUGACAUCAUACCAGAGGCGAAUGCAUCUGGCAACGGCAAGUUAGCAACAUGGGGCUGCAUCAUCGGAUUCGUAGUAAUGAUGUGCUUGGACGUGGGCCUUGAGUGAUCGCUGCCGAUGAUAGAUGCAGACCAAACGACGACCACCACACGACUACCGGCAAAUUUAGAUAUUAAGUAUAGGGUAAACAAUUUAGGGUAUAUACACCUGCCUAUUCCAUGCUAUGUAUCUAAACGUUCAUACGAAAGCUUCAAUUAUUACACAGCGUCAAUAAUAAACGAUAUGAGCAAGUCGAAUACAGUGAUUGAUAUUCAUGGAAGUGUAAAUACUUUCCUCUAGAAGCAAAGUGGAUAGCUGAAUGAUUUGAACCUCGGUAACAUAUAAUUAAUUUGAUCUAAUUUCAUAAUUUGUUUUCAGUGUCCUCUGGACUUCUUAAGUAGAAAUUAUUCAGCUUCAUGAAUACAUUCGACUUGUUAACUUUUUACUAAUCCUGUAUAUGAAACAUGACCAUAUUUUCCUAAAAUUGAUGCUUCAAAAAAUAGGUAGUGUGACAAAUGUAAUUUAAUUACUUAAUAUUAACAUUAUAGUUUUCAAGUAUAAGAAUAAAAGUGACAUUUCCGCGUAUGUAUCUUCUAUAAAUCUAUAUAUUAUAUAAUUACCAAAUAAAGUAGUCAGCUAUAAUUAUUACUAUAAUAAAUAAUAUAUAUAUAUCAGUAAAUGCUCGUAGUGAGAAUUAUGAAAAUGGUGUAUUACUUGUAAAUAUGUAGUUAUAGCAAUACUAUUGAUAUUACACUGUAAGUGAAAAAUGUUACUGUUAAAUCCAUUUGUACUGAAUUAUACCUAAUGAUAAUGUUAUAUUUAUAUGUACUUAUAUAGAUUCGAAUGUAUGCAAAGCUUAUAUUAUAAUAAUAUAAUUGGAAAACGCUCAAUUGGUGAAUAAACAAUCGCCGUUAGGGGUACAACAAUAUACAUUAGCAGGCAAUUAUUAUUGCAAACAGUUUUGUAAUUCAGUAUAGAUUUUUGCAAGUUGUAUAGUUCAAUAUUAAAAAAGAUUUCUGUUUGUAUUUCCCACAUUAAUAAAAAAUUCCAAUACAAAAUUUGCAUUGUGGAGGAAUAUAGAAAAUAACUCGUACUCGCUAAUUAUUUCGUCACUGAACGGUUUCUAAUGUUGGACAAAUAACUAGGCAUACAGUGCUCGACGAAAUAUUAGUUGUUCACACACUGCUAAAUUUAUUUAUCUUUUCUAUGCAGACUAUAUAUUUAUUUACUUACAUCUUAUAUUUAUUUAUUCUAAUGUAAAUUAAGUAUUUUAGAUCCAAAAUUGAUGGAUUUAUUAUAAAUUAUUAGUUCAAUGUUGCUGUUUAUUUUAAUAUAAAAUUAUAUGAGUAUUUACGUGAAACUUGCAAUAUAAAAUAUUCUCAUUUUUGACGGACCAUCUCAUAUAAUUAGAUAGUGUUGCGAAUCCAAUGCAUAAGAACCGCGAGUACAAUUUACAAAUUAUAAUAUGUGCCAUGGAUGUAUCAAUAUUUUAGGUUAAAUUCCAAAUAUUAAAAAAUAUAGAAGUAUAAAGUAUUAGAAAUAAAUACUUAUAUAUAAAUUUAUUUCUAAUACUUUUUACGCAACUCCCAGAUAUAUUGGAUAAUGAUAUUCAUGUAUAUAAUUAUAAAUCAUUUCACAUAACGAAGUCCCGGUUAUUAUGCGACUAGUAAUAUUUGUUAUUCCACCAAGUAACUGCUAU